CUCGGGCCCCACCUGCUCUCCGGGAGGCGCCGUUCCGCAUCCACGGAUGGGCCUCGCGUGGCUGCACAUUCCCUGUCCCCAAAAGUCUGCAGCUCAAGGCUGGUGGCCCAUCUCAUCUGGAACCUCAGAAGCAGCACAGCGUGGUGCUCCAGACGAAAGAAAAAAGCUUUUCCUGAUUUGCCAAAGAAAAGGGGAACCUGAGGGCUUAGGAAAUGGGCCUGGCCGGGGGCUUUUUGAUGACCUUGGCCCCAGGCCAGAAGAAGCAAAUAUUGAGCACUGACUAUGUGCCCAGCAGGUGCUCCAGGCUCUGACCAUAUAAGCCAAAGUCCCUGCCCCGCUUGAUUUACAGUCUACAGACUAGAAAACAGACAACAAACAACCAUGUUUCCUGAGAGACUGGGAGUUGCAGGUACACUUCAGAAUCCAUGGACAAGGGAAGAAGAAUCUGCAUGGGGAUGGCUUGGCAAUCUGGUACACAAAGGAUCGGAUGCAGCCAGGGCCUGUGUUUGGAAACAUGGACAAAUUUGUGGGGCUGGGAGUAUUUGUAGACACCUAUCCCAAUGAGGAGAAGCAGCAAGAGCGGGUGUUCCCCUACAUCUCAGCCAUGGUGAACAAUGGCUCCCUCAGCUAUGAUCAUGAGCGGGAUGGGCGUCCUACAGAACUAGGGGGCUGUACAGCAAUUGUCCGCAAUCUCCAUUAUGACACCUUCCUUGUGAUUCGAUAUGUCAAGAGGCAUUUGACGGUAAUGAUGGACAUCGAUGGCAAGCAUGAGUGGAGGGACUGCAUUGAGGUGCCUGGGGUCCGUCUGCCCCGGGGCUACUACUUUGGUGCCUCCUCCAUCACUGGGGAUCUCUCCGAUAACCAUGAUAUCAUUUCCCUGAAGUUGUUUGAACUGACAGUGGAGAGAACCCCAGAAGAGGAGAAGCUGCAUCGAGAUGUGUUCUUGCCCUCAGUGGACAACAUGAAGCUGCCUGAGAUGACAGCCCCCCUGCCACCCCUGAGUGGCCUGGCCCUCUUCCUCAUCGUCUUUUUUUCGCUGGUAUUUUCUGUGUUUGCCAUUGUCAUUGGUAUCAUACUCUACAACAAAUGGCAGGACCAAAGCCGAAAGCGUUUCUACUGAACUCUUCUGAUGCCACCAUUUCUGACUGUCACCCAUGAAGUGUGGGAGGAGCAGGCACCGGCCUAAGCACACAGCCCAGCGGGUCUUUUCCAGUCUACAAAAUAGCUGGUCGAGGACUUGGUUCUGUCACUGGAGCUUUGAAUGCAGGGACACUGCAUUCCCAUGGUCAUCCAUGGCAACAUCUAACUCUGGUUCAGGAUGCCCACCCACCCCAGGGCAAUGCUGCUGUGACGUGCCUUUCCCUGCAGUCUUUCCCCUUAGGAGGUAAGAAGGAUGGAGAGACUACAUGCUAUUAUGAUGCCAAAAUCACAGAGAAGAAUUUCAUAGCCCAGGCUGUGGCCUUGUUGGACUCAGAGGGCCCUUUCACUCAUUUUUAAAUCUACAGAGAACAAAACACUGAUAACUCCUCAUAUAUUUUAGCCACUCAGUCAUUGGUUUUUGCUUUUUGUCCAAGCGUCUGUUCACUGAGUUUUCCUUGGAAUUCUGGGUAGAAAUUUCCCUUCCUUGCCUUCCUUCCUCUCCAUUCUUUGUCUUCUCCAAAUGCAAGCUGAGCUGGAAGAGAUGUCUGGAUGCCUCUCGGGCAGGAUUUGGGACUGCCGAACAAAAAAGUUUUAUUGACACUAUUAGGUGGCCGUGAGUGAGGGGACUUUCUCACUGGUUUUCUCUCACCAGAGGACUGGUUUUCUUUUCUAACCCUUGUUUUUUUUUAGCAUGGUUCUUGGUUCUAUUGAUGUGUUCGUGGUCUUCCCAAGUAGGUCCCUGUAGGUCCUUAGUCAAGUUUGGCUGAAAGUUGGUAUGCAAAUCAAGAGAUGUUUGGAAGAUCUCAUGGAUGCCAUGGAAUUAACUGUGAAACUGACCAGCUCCACGUUUGACACCUAAAGCAACAUUUGCUCUGUGAACUGACCACGUGGGGGUGUUUCUGGACUUGGAGCCUGCUUAGCUGCAUGUCUUGUGUUUAUCAUGAAUUUUGAAAUCCCUCAAAAUGUAAAAGAUGCUUUCUUCUUAUAGCCUGGGCUUGGAAACUCCCCAAAGAGGAAAUUUGGCUUUUUCUUGAUGGAUAAGAAAUAGCUGCUGUUCUCCUGUCCCAAAUCUGGGAGACCCUCAUCAUCUGUGCCUGGAAGAGUUCGUUGUCACUGAGCAGCAGAGCCUGAGUGUCAUCCUCUGUGGAUCAGCCCAUAUUCCACUGCCUUAUCUGAUGAGGGGUCACAUGCUGCUCACCUAUCUGCCUGUGAUUAAAUUGGCUAACAGGCUGGAAUCUCCCUGGAGGGCCUGGAACUCUGAGCUCUCUAACUGUGUACUUUUCUGUAGCUAAGGGAAAUUCUUAAAAUGGCUGAUGGAAACCAAACAUGAGCUUCUGACUCAGUGUCCUUUCUUCUAGGGGUGGGUUUGGGGGAAGGUCCAGGCCUUUUUCCUGAUCCUGAAAUCCCGCGUGCCUUGUCCUGCUUCUCCUGGAUGGGGAAAACCCGCCAGUAAGCUCAGAAGGGAAGGAAGUGACCUUGGCUUGUAUGGUUUGCAUCUUCUUGGGCUUAUCUUUCCCGUGUGCAUCACAGGCUGUAGCUGUAUCCGGAUGGAAUUAAAGUGUGAUCCUCCUACCACCUUCUUCACCACUACAGAUCAGCCCCAGAAUGCCAGAACAAACUGUAACCUUGAUUUUGGCCUUAAAACCAAGUAGAACUAAAAAAAACACAAACAAAACCUAGCUGUUCCAUUUUGAGUUCAAGGGGAGAUUGGAUAGAUGCCAGUGAUAGGAGGACCCAGGUGGACUUCUGAGAUGGGCCAGGAAAUGGUACAGGAAGAGGGGAUUUUUGUCAUGGAGCGGGUGUGUGUGUGAGAGGUUGAACUUGAGUUUUGUAUGAGUACCUUAUGUGUGCUCCUUGAGGUCUUUUUUUUUUAAAAGACUUAUUUAUUUAUGCAUAGAAGAGCUGGGGUACAGGCCAGAGAUGCGGGGGUUACAGGAGGUGAGAGGAUCCACCAGAGACAGUGGGGAGCAGAACAGGCAGACUAACUGAAAUACACUGCUGAGGGGAGUAGCAGGCGAGACCGGAGAGGUCUGCCUCACCAUGUGGGUUGCUCCCUGGCCGGCCGGGGAUCGAACUCAUGAUACAGAGGCCGUGGAUUGCUUCAUAGUGUGGUGCUUAAUCCCUUGCACCACCAGGGAGGCCCUCCUUGAGGUUUUUGAAAGAGUACAAGGAAAAAAAUGAAAUGUAUUCCCGCCCAGCCUAAAACUGCCUUUAAAUUGUGUGGGGCAAGGAAAUUGUCUGACCUUGCAUUGCUUGUUCUGCCCCAGUUUUUGCUUUUUGUUCUAGAAACAAACAGUUCCCAUUGUGAAUGGGACUGAAUAUUGUUCUGGAAACUGUGAUCCCAGGUAUAUCCUAGAGGAGGGAGAUGCCUGGUCCAUGGUAUGGCUCUUUUGUGCACAUGCACUAGAGGUGUGAGCAGGCCUGGGCAAGCUGCACACCCCACGUGAUUCAUUUCUCUUCCUCACAGUCCUCAUUUCCCACUGACUUCAGAGCAUCUUAGCGUGGAAGAGACCCUGAGGACUAGAAGUGGUGUUACUCCCUCUCCCCUUGCGAGUCUGUCUGAAAGGCUAGCGUUUUCAGACUUUGAUUUUGUUUCCAGCCCUCUUUCACUCAUUCUCAAAUUACAAGGUAGUUCUUUGUUACAAAACUUAUUUAUUUUCAUGAAAAAUUGCAACCCUGCCCUUCCCGUUGGAAGUGGUUUCUAAGCAAAAUGGCCAGAUUAUCCCUAGUCCCUUGCAUAUAUUCUAGAAGAUAGAAACAAGUAACUGGUGGAAAGCCCAAGGGUAGAGCUGAUAGUGGGUAGGAGAAAUGCCAGGCAAACAUGCGAGAACUAGUUUUGUGGGGCUGGAGGUUCUGGAAAAAUAUCUCUCAGGUGAUUCAUGGGUUCCUGGAGGAAUUUCAACUCAUGGUCUAUUGUAGGCUCUGGGUUCACUUCUGGGUGGUGGCCUUGGAAGUAUUGGAAUUGCCAAAACCAAAGAUAUUGCUGAGUAUUUUCAUGGGAGCAGUCAGCCGAAGUUCAGGUUUGACCCAGUUCAUGGCCAAGUAGUUCUAGAGAGAAUAGGCAACAGUUAGCUUAAAGUAGCAGCUUGAUGGCUCUCUCCUGAGUCUUCCCAAGAGCAACCAGUACCUUUGUCUGUCCCCAUGCUUGGCACUCACCGGAGUUGAAUAGAUGAAGUUGAACAGUACAAGCACUAUAACCAGCAUGAUUACGACGAAAAUGAUCUUAUAGCGAUAGCGCUUCCAGAAAACAUGGCAGAAAGUUUGAAUAGGUGAAUGCAGCCACAUGGAAAAGCUGUUGAUGCGUCUGUCCAUGAGCAGAAGAGAUGUCAGAGAGUGGAGGGCAGAACCUUCAGGUCAAGUCAUCCAGAGCAGAGAGCUUGCUUUUUAUUAAGUAGCUUCUGCUUGCUACCUCCCCCCAGCCUCCACCCCAGUCUGUCUUUUUGCUCCUGAUAAUAGCAACACUGAUCUGGAGCAGAGGGAAGCAAUUCCGUCUCUCCACGUGUAGGCCCACCAGUCAGCAGUCAAACUGCUGGGCCCAGCAGUUCAGCUUUUUGAAGGGGUGAGGGGGAUUCCUUGCCCUUGCCUUACACGACCCUUACAGGGGAGGAUAAAGUGUAGGGUAUUGGUUGGGUUCUGAUUGGCCUCGUCCUGCUGGCUUGAUUAAAGCAUCCUUCUCUGACAGAAUCUCCAGGGUCAUCUUCACUUUACCCUACAAACACCAUUAGUGGUAGGAGGCUGAGGACAGACAGCAAAGCAAAAAUAGUUUUAAUGCCUCUUCCCAGUGUCCAGAAAAGAAAAGGGAUUUAGCUAAGUGCCCCAGAAAUCUGUAGAGUCAAGUUACAUGGCACAGCAGUCCUACCCAUUCCCAGCUCUUACCGACAUGCGCCAUUUGCCAUUAUCGAGGACCUGGCAAGGCCACCAGCCAGUUACAGUCUUCUUCUUAAAGAGGGAGAAGUAAUGGUUUUGGAGGAAUUGGGGCAAGUUCGCGUCGACAUCCAUCAUCCUGGUGGAGCACAGUUUGGCGUGCUUGGCUGGGAGGGGCAUGUCAGACAAAUCCAACUCCAGGACCCCUGAGCCCAGAGAAAUACCGUCAGCAAGAGUGAGCUCCUUGCCUUAUGGUUACAGGCCCCAUGCCAGGAUCUCACCUAGGAAAUCAUCAGGGGAGAAUACGUCGUUGUCCCAGACCUGGAUGAUGAGCCGAGCCGGGAACUUCAUCACCGUGGGGUCCAGGCUCCAGACGUAAUCCUAGAGGAUGGCAGAAGGGCACAUUAUCAGCCUGUCUCCCUUGCCAUUUCCCCGGGUCACCUUGGUAGUCCAGCAAUGAUGGAAUGUCUAGAAAGGAUUUUCACCCGAGCUCACAUGCCAAGUGUUAUGGUACGUAGUUUACAGAUCUCCAAUGGAGGAGUGGGAGGGACACUACACCCCACCCGAAGACCUGUUACCUUCUGACUCAGGACGCACACACGCUCAGCUGCCAGGUAGUCCAAGGUGAAGAUGAACCUCCAGUUGAAGUCGGCAUCCCCAGUCAGGGAGCGGUAGUGGAUAUCUGUCUUCUGCAUGUCCUUCUCUAGCCCGAAUAACCACCUGGGGCCAAAUUCCUUUCACCUGGGGGUCAUGUGUGUGGUCCCCAUGCCCCAGCUGGAGUCUUGUUUGGAGGGCUGCCCAGCAGACACCAGGCACAGGUGGAAGCAGAGAGAUGUCACCCUUGGGAUUAGGAGGACCCAUAGGAAUGACAGAACUAGGGAACUCUGGGGGAACACUGCUGGAGCCCUGCUCCUCUUCCUCACCCUUUGAUGUAGAUGUCACUCAUCCUCUCAGUACUUAAGCUGAUGUCACUCAGGUCCACAUUGGCAGUUUUCCAGAUAAUACAGCGCAGCUCAUACCUGUAGUCAUGGUGCUCUGAGGCUUUGCUGGGGAAUAGCUCCCGGGCUGCAGCCUUGAUGAGGCAACAGUGGCCUAGAAGGCCGCCCUCCAUGCCCACACCAGUCUUGAUGCAUUGGGGGAACCCAAGAAAAGAAACCCAGGGUUCCCAGGAGAGGAAAAAGAAUGACUGCAGCUCAGUGUUGGAGAACUCUGAUGCUCUGCACCAUGAGUAGGCUACUCUGUCCAGUGCAGUGGUUGGAAUGGGCCAUCACUUACCUUCUAGGCUUUCUGGGUCUGAUGUUGACUGGGGGACCAGGAGGCCCAAGCUUCUUGGGGAAGAUGUCCACCCACAUUUGCACCUUCCCCUAGA